GGAUGGAGUUCUAAAGCAACGCCAUCCUUUUCAGAGAGGGACACUGAGGCCUAGGGAGAAGCAGAGGGCCACCCAGGGUCACCUCCUCAGGUGGCAGAGCCAGGGCUAGAAGCCAGAACCUCUGACUGUGGUCCAGUGUUCUUUCUGGUACCCAAAGUGCUGCACAAGCCCACAGGGCCUGGGCAAAGUCUCCCCUCUCUUGACGGCUCCUGGCAUUGGCGUUAAGGCCCAAGGCCUCCUCUUCCCCACAAGAUCUUGCUCUCCCUGCAAGACCUCAGGGAUCAGAAACAGACCCCUCAGUUUAGGGCCCAGAGGAAAUGGCAGGAUGAUCAGGGCCCAAGGUGGAGGGGGUUGCCCUCAAUUCCAGCCCUGGUCUCAACCCAACCCCCAACCCCCAUCCUCCGGAAGGAAUUAGAGAGGCCCUGGCUGGACUGUGAUGCCUGCUGUUUAAGGGGAGAUUACGAGGAGGGGGCCAAGACAAGGGCUCCUUUGUGGAGGGCCUCUGGCUUAGGGAGUCAAGUGACCAUAUAACACACACGUGGGCAGUGCCAACCCCUAAGUGUGGGCAGGGGCACUGGCCCUAGGAACCCAGAGAGUCCCACCAGUCCUGUGGCCAGACCUUUUGUGGGAUCGCCUGAACAGCCAGGAGCCCCAACUGACCCAAGCCCACCUCCUGCAGCCCAGUGCCUGGCCAUGACUGUCACCUACUCGAGCCAAGUGGCCAAUGCCCGUUUAGGCUCCUUCUCCCGCCUGCUGCUGUGCUGGCGAGGUAGCAUCUACAAACUGCUCUAUGGCGAGUUUCUCAUCUUUCUGCUCUGCUACUACAUCAUCCGCUUCAUUUACAGAAUGGCCCUCACGGACGAACAGCAGGUGAUUUUUGAGAAGCUGACUCUGUAUUGCGACAGCUACAUCCAGCUCAUCCCCAUCUCCUUCGUGCUGGGCUUCUACGUGACGCUAGUCGUGACCCGCUGGUGGAACCAGUAUGAGAACCUGCCUUGGCCCGACCGCCUCAUGAACCUGGUGUCGUCCUUCGUUGAGGGCAAGGACGAGCAAGGCCGGAUGCUGCGGCGCACGCUCAUGCGCUAUGCCAACCUAGGCAACGUGCUCAUCCUGCGCAGCGUCAGCGCUGCGGUCUACAAACGCUUUCCCAGCCCACAGCACCUGGUGAAAGCAGGCUUCAUGACACCUUCGGAACACAAGCACUUACAAAAACUGAGCUUACCACACAACUCGUUCUGGAUGCCCUGGGUGUGGUUUGCCAACUUGUCAACAAAGGCAUGGAUUGGAGGUCGAAUUCGGGACCCUAUCCUGCUCCAGAGCCUGCUCAACGAAAUGAACACCUUGCGUACUCAGUGUGGACAGCUGUAUGCCUACGACUGGAUCAGUAUCCCACUGGUGUACACUCAGGUGGUGACCGUGGCAGUAUACAGCUUCUUCCUGGCUUGCCUGAUUGGGCGGCAGUUUCUGAACCCAGCCAAGGCCUACCCUGGCCACGAGAUGGACCUCGUUGUACCCCUCUUCACGUUCUUGCAGUUCUUCUUCUAUGCCGGCUGGUUGAAGGUGGCAGAGCAGCUCAUCAACCCAUUUGGAGAGGAUGAUGAUGACUUUGAGACCAACUGGAUUGUCGACAGGAGCUUGCAGGUGUCCCUAUUGGCUGUAGACGAGAUGCACCAGGACUUGCCACCGAUGGAGAGAGAUAUGUACUGGAAUGAGCCAGAACCACAUCCCCCCUACACAGCCGCUUCUGCCCAGUCUCGUCGACCCUCAUUUUUUGGCUCCACCUUCAACAUCAGUCUGGAUAAGGAAGACAUGGAGUUUCAGCCAGAUCUAGAGGAGCAAGAGGGUGCUCACUCUGGCAUCAUUGGCCGCUUCCUAGGGCUGCAAUCCCAUGACCGCCAGUCCCCUAGGACAAACUCAAAGACCAAACUACUGUGGCCGAAGAAAGAAGUCCAUUCACAUGAGAACCAGCCCAAGAACCUUGGAGGGGCCGGACAGAACACUAGCGACCAGGCAGACAGCAAGGCCUGGAAGGGGGAAGAUGUUUUCAAGUCCGCGGUGCUCUUCGGAAGGUCAGGCUACCACAGUGCCCCACAGACACCCCUCAGCCACACCCCUAUGGUCUUUCCACCUGGACAGUCAGCACCCUCAAGUCUUCGCAGAAUCUCAGGCAUAGAUGACCCUGUCAAAGAUCAAAGCCUUCAGCCUGCAACCCCCAGGUCCAAGAAGAGUUUUGAAUUGCUCCCAGAGAAUGCUGGGGCCUCAACGGAGCACCCAGAAGUUUUUCACAUGAGAAGGAAAACUGUUGAGUUUAACCUGAUGGACAUGUCAGAGGGCCCUGAACAUCUCAGAGAACCACAUUUGGGACAAUCGACAAGCAACAUACACACUAUACUCAAAGAUCAUGGAGAUCCUUAUUGGGACUUGGAAAACAGGGAUGAAGCACAUUCCUAGCCUGCUUCCUCCAAAGGGGAUGCUCCACCGGCCUGGUCCUACCUGCGUGUACACCAGCAGGACACUGAUCCAGUCAUAGGCAUAUAGCUGUCCACACCGAAGA